AUGGUGACCCGCUGGACGGGUCGCGCGCGUCUUUACGCGUGCGUACUCAGUGCAGCGCUCAUCUCGUCCCUGACUUGUGCAGCUCCGCUCGCGGCGAGCGACGAUAACAACGACGGAGAGUUCUACCACACGCUGAGCUGGGAGACCCGUUGGGUGAACGUGGACCGUACGGAAACGACUGACGUCCGUGUGCCGAUCGGUAGAGAGCACGCACAGCAACCGGCAACGGGUUUCGUGCACUCAAGAGUGAAGCGGAUUGUAUACGGAGAAGAUGAUAGGGUUCGGAUCGAUCCUGCAACCGACGGAAAGCGGUUCCCCUACACGAGCAUCGUCCGGGUAUCCACUGGUUGUUCAGGAGUGAUGAUAUCACGAAUCCACGUCCUAACUGCGGCGCACUGUGUCCAUGACGGAGACGCGUAUCUCCAGUCGGCCCUUCUGUUCCUCAGGGCCGGCUAUUUAGACGAGGAAGGCGAGACACAAUGGUUCUUUGUGAAGCGAUUCUUCAUUGCCAACGAAUGGAAGAACAAGACCGAGAGUGGGGCUCACCAGUAUGGCGACUGGGACGAUAACGAUUUCGCUGUGUUGGAGAUGGUCGGCGAAGAGCUGGGAAAAAAGAGGGACAUUAUGAAGCCCGGUAUUAGCGGGCUUUUCUGCAACGACCGCAAAAGUGUCCACGGAGCCGAGUCGCAGAUUGAAUUUGUGAGUUUCCCUGACGACAAGAUGAAAAAUGCCUACUGGUAUGUGCAAAGCUUGGUUGAAACCGAGUCGCCGCAUCUUCUGUACUUCACUGGUGAUGCCACUCACGGCUGUUCGGGAGCCGGCCUGUAUGCGUGGGACUACAACUCGCAAUCGGAAGAGUAUGAGAAAAGAGUUAUUGGGGUCCUCUCUGGUAACAGAGACACCGUGCCGUUUGCCCAGAGCCAGGGAAACUUCAACGUAGCCGCUCGACUGACACCCACAAAUUUCAUGAUGGUGUGUCACUGGAUAGAAGAGGAGGAAGAGUGUAGGACGAGGUACGCUGACUACCUGGACAAGGAUCGUCAUGAGAGCUUGUGUCGGUCUUAA